AUGGAGACAACCCAAAGCGUGUUCCAAGAACACCAGCAUGGGCUUGAGCCAGGGUCCUUUACGGCCGAAAGAUUACGAUACGCCUCCGACUAUCACCUGCACAUGACAAGUAGGAGAUUUUUCAUCGGACCAAUUCCCGAGGGCUGGCUGCAGCACCACCGCAAGCACUGGUACAAAACCAGACUCGAGUUUCGGAACUAUACUUCGAGAGCUGUUACGUUCACCGCAGACAGAACCACUCCUGCCGCAGAUCAGUCGGAACCAGAAGCAGCCCCAUCAUCUGCUCGAAAGCAGGAUACCUCACUAGCUGAUACUACGAUUCAGGUGGAGGUUGAAGACAGGUCAGAAGAGGAAGGUGAUGGUCGCGAGACGGAUGAGCAGCCUGGAGACCUUCAGUCCAUACCGUAUCCUUUGACAGAGGCUGAAGCUCCCCCAGGGGGUAUAUCUGUCCUAGAUUCGUCUCAGGAACAGGGCCAACCGCAGCUGAACCAUGAAUCAACUAAGAAGAAAAAGGGUGCACCGACAGCAUAUUAUACAGCUAGAGAAAGCAAACCAGGAACGGCUGAGCAAGAUUACCGCUCCACUGAAGCAGAAAGCGGGCGCACGUUGAGUACCCCUAGCCAAGAUGAUUCCAGUCAGUCAUCUCCCAUGGCACCCGUUAGCGAAUCUGGCUCUACAACGGCAUUGCUAAGGCCUAGUUUGCGUUCUAAAGGGAAAGGGAAACUCAAAGCCUUGUCUUCUGCCAGCCUUGGGCGACAGGAGCCGCAGAGUGAAAGAGAAGACGAUAUGGUCGAUCCUCAACUGAAUAGAUAUUCUAUAACUUCACUCGGCGGGAAAGUGAAAAGCUACAAAUUCGAUGACAAGCUCAUGGACAGACAGCAACGACUAAUGUCCCGUAUAGCCUACACCUAUGAUGUGCUCUCAGGGAAUCGUCGACAACGGCGCAAGCUGCGUGAGGGCGAGAUUAUCCGAGCGGAGAGAAUGCUUGUUCGCGUCGAGGUGACAGUGCAGAAAGAGCUCCCGAAUGACUACACUGAAAAUGAUAGCCUGAGGUUGGAAACGAAGGUUGCAGAGAGUUGGAGGGAGUUUCUUGUCGUCUGUCGGCUAACUUCCGACGUGGAAUCACCUGUUGCGCUUCAGAUGUAUAAGACGCGCGUCGUUCCGGAGAUACCAAAGUCAAAUUCUAGGGUCAAACCGUACCACGAAAUUGCCUUGAAUCGCAAGAAUACCAAGGUAAACCUAUACUCUUGCUUGGAUAAGUCCAUUGUGAUUUGGAGACCCUGCAAGCGUGGUACAAAGAUAUACAUAAUUCGGCCCAAAUCCGCAGUGCAUGCCACUGAGUGGUUCACGUUUAUAUAUCAAGUGUUGGGGCGGCACCGUCCAAGUUCAUUGUCCAUUAAUGUUCCUGACUUGGGCGUUUCUCUUGUCUUCCAAAAUCCUUUUGAGCAGUUGGAGUCCAAGUGGGAGACUCGGGACGGGGACAAUAGCGAUGGAACACACGGUCAAUCGAAAGGUCGCGUAACCGAUGUUGCUGCAGCUAUCAUUCGAGGUUGUAUGGACCUGCUAGAAAACCGCACCGAAUGGGCAGAAGUGCUACGCGAGUGGUCAAAAACCGAGAAGAUGGGCUUGGCCUGGAAGCGCUACGACAGACUGGAGUGGGUGGUUGGCCUGGGCGAAGAGAAGAUGUACGGAUCUCUUGCAAUGCAAACCACCCACCAGCUUCAGCUGCGACCAAGGCAACACUAUCAGACAUUCGUCAAGAAUGGUGAUGAGAAACUUGAAGAGCCGCAACCCGUGGAAGGCUUCCUGGUCCGUUUGACAUCUCAGAGAGGUGUGCAUCAGCGGAUGAACAAGAUGUUCUUUAAACGUCUCUAUUUUUUCACACAGGAUCAUUACCUUUUGUUCUGCAGACCAGCGAAAGCUCUGCCUCCUACUCCCCCCAAGCUCUGCUCGGACGAGGCUGGCAUACCCUCAGCGCAGCAGAUAUUGAACGAGAUGCCCCUCUCAUACGACGUUGAUCCCUUUCCAAUUCAUAACGGUGAGAUCACAUGGAUGUCUAGCGGGAAUGAGGCCCACCUGAAGGAACAUGAUCAGAACGCCUAUGCGCAUGCACAAAGGUCCAUGCACAAUCUCACCCAUGCGGAUGGCUUCAUCGAUCUUUGUAAAGUUCGGGAGGUACGUCAAGUGUGGCGUGGCAGCUCCCCUGCCGAUCCAAACAUUCGCGAAGGUCCCGCUGUCGAAUUCAACCCUGAGACGCAAGACACCCAUCGGGAUGAUGGUGCAACAAAGCAAUUUGACGAUGAUCGAACUUUUGAAAUGGUACUUGACAAUGAUCUUGUUGUUCGAUUGCAAGCAUAUGACAUGAUCACCAGGAACGAAUGGAUGAAGAGAAUGGACGCACUGGUCAAAUAUUGGAGAGCCCGCGUUGCGGCCGACUCGGUCGAGCUCAAGGCGAUUCGGCAGCGCAAUCUAACCAUCUUGGGCAUCGAUGAAGGAAUUGAGUCCGUGGUAGGACAGUUCUCCCAGGAAUGGGAAACAAAGAAGUCGGAAGCAUCACCCUUGUUGCACAACAUAUGUACUCUAUCGGGUUGCCGGACAAUAAAGAUGUCCGGUCAGCUCUUUCGAAAACCUCGCCGCCACUCUACCUUCAAGAGGUGCGAUGUCAUUUUGGCUGCCGGGAAGCUUCUGAUCUUCCGUAGCUCGUUGCGGAAGCGUACUGGCGUGGAGAUUCCUCAUAUUCAUCAGAGUCUCGAAACCACAUUGGACCUGGAAGACUGCUACAUCUACUCGGGUCUAAUGACCGAGUCAGAUCUACUCUACGCAAACCGGACUUUCGACAGCAACCAUCCUGGACACCAUGCCUUGCCUCGCGUCUAUCUUUCAUCCGAUGUCUAUACCACCUGUGACGAGGAUACAGCUAUCACGUUCGUCGUCUGGCAGCCUCUACAAAAAAAUUAUUUUAGGGCACAGGAACUCGGCAAGAGAGGGAAAACGAAGCAGACGCUCAAGCACGUGUCUACGCUCGGCGUCCCUGGACGGACGGUGGUAUUCAAGGCACGGAGCCGGAUAGAGAGGGAUCGUUGGGUUAUGAGUAUUUCAUCUGAGAUAGAUCGAUUGCAGGAGGAGAAGCCGGAAGACAUCCGCCUAAUCAAACCAUAG